UUACUCUCAACAACUCUAGCUCUCACUACGACUUUGCUAUGGCAGAGAAUGACCUUUACAACCUUGAAGUACUCUCGCUAGUCGCUAAAAUUACCCAGGAGAUUGACAACUAUACUGGCAUUAACGAUAAAACACUCGCUGAAUUUGUCAUUUCUCUUCACGAUCAGUCUAAAUCACUUCCCGACUUCAAAUCACAGCUCAGUAAUGCUGGUGCUGAAUUCCCCGACUCAUUUGUUGGGAACGUGGAUCGUUUAAUCCUGAGCUUGCAUCCGAAACACAAGAAGAAAUCCAGUUUAGUUACUCAUGGCGCAUCACACGCCCAAGCGAGCGGAGGUGCACUUGAAAAGGACAAGCAGAAACGACUUUUCCCUGGGCUCGCUGUGCCAGACAAGGAGGAGGAUGUGCUCAUGAAAGAGGUAGACGAUAUGAUGGCUCAGUUUGAAGGUGUUGCGAAGAGGGCAAAAAUAACAGACGAGAACGAGAGGCCUACGAAGCGGGAGCGAAGAGACAGAUCUCGGUCACGGUCACCACGCCGUCGUAGUCCAAGCCCUGACAGGGGUCGCAAUUACAACUCAAGGAGGGAUGAUUGGAGAGGGAGAAAUGCAGACGAGCGACCGAUAUUGUUUAAAAUAUACAGUGGCCGAAUAUCAAGCCUCAAAGAUUUCGGCGCUUUUGUGCAACUAGAGGGCGUUGCGGGACGUAUCGAAGGCAUGGUGCAUGUUUCAAAUAUUCAGCAGGGUGCACGUGCGAGCUCCGCGUCGGAUCUCCUUGGUCGUGGACAACAGGUCAAGGUUAAGGUGAUGAGCAUCGCGGGCAGCCGUAUUGGUCUAUCUAUGAAGGAUGUAGACCAAGCUACGGGUCGCGAUCUCACCCCUCACUUACGGAUCAGAUCUGAAGCCGAGAUGGAGGAAGAGCGCGAACGAGCGGCUCGCGCGUCUUCUGGGGCGAAUGCUGUGCCAUUGCGCUCAAAAGACGAACCAUUAGCGACUCGAUCCGCCAAACGUCUGACCUCACCUGAACGAUGGGAGAUUAAGCAGCUUAUCUCAUCUGGUGUCAUCGAUGCUUCCGAGUAUCCUGACCUUGACGAAGAUUCCGUCAAUCCUGUGGCUCGAGCGGAGGUUGAGGAGGAGCUUGACGUCGAAAUCAGGGAAGAGGAACCGGCAUUCUUGGCUGGUCAGACGAAACGCACUCUCGAUCUCAGUCCUGUGAAAAUUAUCAAAGCUCCUGAUGGCUCCCUCAACAGAGCAGCCCUAGGAGGUGCAGCUUUGGCUAAAGAGCGACGCGAGCUUCGUCAGCAAGAAGCGAAUGAGCAAGCUGACUCUGAAGCUCGAGACUUUAGUGCACCAUGGCUCGACCCUAUGGCGAAGGAAUCAGACAGAAUGUUUGCUCAAGACAUGAGAGGUAAUCUCAAGGAUCAAAGAGCUGGUGAAGUACCUCAGUGGAGGGAAUCGACAUUCAACAAGGCUACAACAUAUGGUGAAAUUACAAGCCUCAGUAUACAGGAGCAGCGGAAGAGUCUACCCAUUUAUAAGCUUAGAGACGCUCUGUUAAAAGCCAUUGACGAGCAUCAAGUUCUCAUUGUUGUCGGAGACACUGGCUCUGGAAAGACAACACAAAUGGUUCAAUACCUCGCGGAGGCUGGCUUUGCUGAUAGAGGACGUAUUGGCUGUACACAACCGCGUCGUGUGGCCGCUAUGUCAGUCGCAAAGCGUGUCGCGGAAGAAGUGGGAUGUCGUCUUGGCCAAGAAGUUGGCUAUACUAUCCGUUUCGAAGAUUGCACGAGUCCGGAAACCAAGAUCAAAUAUAUGACGGAUGGUAUGCUGCAGCGUGAGUCGGUGAUUGACCCACUAUGCAGCCAGUACUCCGUGGUCAUGCUUGAUGAGGCUCACGAACGGACCAUCUCAACUGAUGUUUUGUUCGGUCUUCUUAAAAAGGCUGUCAAGAAGCGACCCGAGCUAAAGCUAAUCGUCACCUCAGCGACUUUGGACGCCGAGAAAUUCUCGAAAUAUUUCUUCGGGUGCCCAAUCUUCACCAUUCCUGGUCGCACAUACCCCGUAGAGAUCCUUUACACCAAAGAGCUGGAAUCCGACUACUUGGACGCGUCAUUAAUCACCGUCAUGCAAAUCCAUCUGUCCGAGCCUCCGGGCGACAUUCUCCUCUUCUUGACGGGCCAGGAGGAGAUUGACACAUCAUGCGAAAUUCUCUUUGAGCGUAUGAAAGCGUUGGGCCCAAAAGUGCCAGACCUUAUCAUCCUCCCCAUUUACUCCGCCCUUCCAUCCGAAGUACAGUCGCGUGUCUUCGAACCCACUCCUCCUGGCGCCCGCAAAGUCGUUAUCGCCACCAACGUUGCAGAAACUAGAAUGGAUUCAUUGGUGGUCAUGCCUAUAUCCCAGGCACAAGCACGGCAGCGCUCUGGUCGUGCUGGUCGCACAGGUCCAGGAAAGUGCUACCGUCUAUACACAGAGGCUGCCUACCGGAACGAGAUGUUACCCACUUCUAUUCCCGAUAUUCAGCGGACGAAUCUUGCCCAUACUAUCCUCAUGCUCAAGGCAAUGGGUAUCAAUGACCUUCUUAGUUUUGAUUUCAUGGACCCACCGCCGGCGCAGACCAUGAUAACUGCGUUGGAGUCAUUAUACGCGCUUUCGGCGUUGGAUGACGAAGGUCUUUUGACUCGUUUGGGCCGCAAGAUGGCUGACUUCCCCAUGGAGCCGCCGCUUGCAAAGAUGCUCAUUGCCUCUGUCGAACUUGGUUGCUCCGAAGAAAUCCUUUCCAUUGUGGCCAUGCUGUCCGUCCAAUCUGUCUUCUAUCGUCCAAAGGAGAAACAGGGUCAAGCCGACUCUAAGAAAGCUAAAUUCCAUCAGCCAGAGGGCGAUCACCUUACCCUUCUGACGGUAUACAACGGCUGGAAAGGCGCGAACUUUUCGAAUCCUUGGUGUUACGAGAACUUUAUCCAGGCAAGAAGCAUGCGGCGUGCGCAGGAUAUUCGCAAGCAGCUGGUGGGUAUCAUGGACAGAUACAAGCAUGAUAUUCUAUCGGCAGGGAAGGAUUACAACCGUGUGCGGAAGGCGAUAUGUUCUGGUUUCUUCCGGAACGCAGCCAAGAAGGAUCCUCAAGAAGGCUACAAGACACUUGUUGAGGGAACACCCGUAUAUAUCCAUCCCUCUUCCGCUCUCUUCAACCGCGCGCCUGAAUGGCUAAUCUAUAACGAGUUGGUGUUGACCACUCGCGAAUACUGUCAUAACGUCACUACUAUAGAGCCAAAAUGGCUUGUAGAGGUUGCACCUCAGUUCUUCAGAGUCGCCGACGCCAACAAGAUUAGUAAGCGGAAGAGGCAGGAAAAGAUCGAACCAUUGUACAACAAGUACGAGAAACCCGACGAAUGGCGACUAUCAAAAAUCAAACGAAGUGCACGCUCGAGUCAAACAUUUGGUUGA